AUACAGGGAUGGCUGGGUUCCUCAUGCUAUUGAGGUUUAGAUCAUGUUCACCCCUACAUUUGUCCUGUGGGACUUAGUAUACCUCUUAUAUACCUAUGGAUUGAUCUUCAUAAUUUUCCUAAUUAUUUGGCAAGUGAGCUGGAGUUACCAUGGAUUGAGAUUUGAAUAUAAAAGGAGCUGCUGCCAGCGUCACCGAAAAAUCACACAAAGGGCUAGAAAUGCAGCAUCAAGAGCCAGGAGAUGUUCCCAAGAAGAAUCUGAGAAGCCAUGGGAGCUGAUCUCUGUCAUGAAAAGCCAGCAAUGGCUUCCCCAGGAGGAAAAUGUGAGGCAGCUCCUGUGUGCAGAUUCCUCCUGCCAAACCUGCAAUGCAGUGGCUCUAGAAAUUAAGCAAUUGUUAGAAGAGAAGAACCAAAUCUCCCCUGCUUUAUCAGAGCCAUCACAGGGCUCUUGCCUGGAGAUGUUCUCCAUGUCAACUGUGUCUUUUGAGCAGAAUCUGGAGCUUCAUUCUCAGCACCCUAGAGAUCUUUCACUGGCAUCUUCAUCCCCAUUAACACAACUGACAGGACACUUAACUCAAUCAACCAGUGCAAUUAGUGUCCAAGAAUACAGGACUGAUCAUGUCCAACAAGAGCAAGGAUUUCAACUGGCAGAUCUGCCCAUGGCCCCAGAGACUACAGUGGCUUCAUCAAGGUUUGAGGAGCCUAUGGUUGUAGUGAAUGAAGAGGCAAUGAUUCAGAGCAGCCUUAACUUUGUCCAAGGGAACCAAAACCAGCAGUCUGUGAACUCCCAGCAGAUCACUUUUAUGUACUUGAACCCAGAGAAAACUAAUUUGGCACAUCCAGUGGCCUUGCACAUGGUCCCAUAUGUCCACCUCCCAUUCCUAAGUCCUGAUGUCCUGAGACUUCUUGAGGUACAUGUAAAAAAACGAAUGCAUUUCCAGAGGUGGGGGCUCCCUAGACGUGUGGAGGACUCUCUGAGACAACUUAUGCCAAACCCACCACUGUAUUACCAGACUGAAAAUAAUGAACCAGUUUCUUUCAUCCUGAAUAAUCCUUCUCAGGUCUGUGUUCAUGGACUUGGGACCAAUACCAACCAAACCUGGUGUUCAUAUAUGGACGGGCAACCCACCCAAUCCUUCUGGGUCUCUGAAUGGUCUGCUAUAGACCCAGAAGAGAGACAUCACUGCCAGCAAAUAGCAAAUGCUAUGGGUGUAUCCUUACCUUAUUUUGCCCCAAAAGUCCUGGGUGGCCUCUAUGUACUUCCUGGGGGACAGGCUAAUGACUCAUGGAACAAUCUGUAUCAGAAAUGUAGGCAACUAUUCUGCGGCCACCCCUCUCUGCACAGUGAAUCCUUGUCAGCCACUUUCUUGAGCUCUGAAGGCCUCUCCAAGAACAAGAAUAUAUCCAAGCCACCACCGAAGGAUUCUCUUCCAUUCAAGGGACUCUCUACCCAUCCCUUGCUGCCCAAAACACCACCUGAGAUAAUCGUGCCUUCUUCUCCAUCUUCUCCAAAUUGUGUGUCUCCAGCUGAACAUCAACAAGCUCAUAUAGGUGUCCCAUUUCUGACUCCAGCUGAAUGUAAAGCCUUAGAAUGGCACCUGCUGCAGAGGCAGCCCCAGUUUCAGUGGGGCCUGCCAGCUGUCAUCCAGAGACCUCACUGUGCCUACAACCCCAUGCAGUUUGAGCCACGUGACAAAGCCCAGGCUCCUGAGACUGAGAAAAUGUCCUGGCCAAGGAAGCCCAUCUCCGAGACACUACACUUCUUCCCAGAGCAUGCUCGCAGGCUGCUGGAAUUUCACUUCCAGAAGCAGUUGAUCCGCCUUCGCUGGGGCCUGCCCGAGAAGAUCCAGCAGUCCUUCCAGUUGCUCCUUUCCUCUGCUGAUCAGCAGGCUCUGUCCUGCAGCAGCACAACCCUACUCAAUGUGAGUAUCCCCCAAUGUCUGACCCUAAAGGACAAGGGGGAUGGCGACCCAGUCUCACCCAUACUGGCCCAAAUGUCAAUCCCUGUGCCACACUUGUUCACCCAGGCCAAGGCAAUACUGCAAAGCCAUAUUGACUCCAAAUGUGGUCAGAUCCACCAGGGCAAGGUCCCCUGCUGUGUGUAUAGCUCCUGGGAAGGCACAGUUCCUGGGGGCCUGGCAGUGGCUCCCUUCCCCUGCGUUCCACAAGGCCAGCCCCUGGAGCUGCAGGCAGCAAGCGACCCUGACCUACACAAUAAAGUUAUGCCAAUGGCCCACGAUCCUCAAAAACAGGCCUCAGCACGCACUGUCACCGAACACCCUAAGCUGCACCAAGCCCUAUCUCAAGGAACCAUUGAGAAACUGGAGAUGACUUUACGGCACAAGUAUCUCACCUUCCUGUCAGGACUGCCUGCUCUUUACUCUGUAGCUCUUUCUACAGCUAUGGCUCCAGCAGUCACUAGCCAAUCUGUAGCCACAGGGAUGGUGCCAGGGCCUAUCGAAACCCCAAAGGAGCCACUGGCUCAGAUUAUCUCACUGAAAGACCCAAGUAGGAGGCUUGGGCCAUGCUUUCAAAACGGCGAUGAGACUUGGGCAGACAACGCAGAUUUUCAACCUGAGGUGCAGGUGGAAGGAAUAACAGAGUCAGUGCCUCUGGACAGCCAGACACACCCUGCUGACCCCUACUCAUUCAAGACACAUAUCUUGUCCAAGCUAAACUUCCACCUGAGAAAAAAGGUCCUAGAGAUAAAACUGGGAGUUCCCAUAAAGGAAAGGCAGUCCAGGAAACUAACUGCAGCGGGCCCACAGGACAAGUCCUCACAGCCGUCUCUUAGUAGUCUAAGCAAGCAAGGAAGCACAGUGCUCCAGGAACUGCCCAAUCCACCAGACGCUUCUCCUGCCCCAGAUUCAGAGUGGGUUCACCUUAAAGAACACCUGGCCUCUCAGCUGAAGCUGGGGCAGUGCAACCAAAAGCCAGCUAGUUCCAAAGCAGUACCCCCUGCUUCCACCCAUCGGCCCUCCAAGAUCUCGCAACCCAGCGGGGACAUGACUGAGGCCCAGGUGCUUUGUGUUCAGGUGGAGGCCAGUGUAAACAACCCCAGCCUGGAGCAACCCUGGAGCCUUGAGCCUCAAAGCCCAAGCAAGGGCAAGGGCUCAGCCUAAAUCCGCACACUGGCAGAAAAGAGAGGACCUAGCAAAACCCAAAGCAGCAGGGGACCUCGGAGAAGGGGACG